AUGAUGGAGGGUAAUGAGGAGGAAAACUAGUCUAUAAGUGACGAGAUCGACAUUGAUAUCAAGCAAAUACUCUAAAACCCACAAAUAAUAAGUGUAGUCAAAGUUAAUCAACCAUUGUCCCAAAAUCAUAUUAAAGGAAAAAAGAUUAAGGAUUUAAAUGCUAAAUAAAAAAUACCUCUACAAAAGCAAAGAUAAGCUUUCAAUAAUAGCAUACUAGAGAUAGAGGAAUCCCCAGAGCCACUUAGAAUUUAAGAUUUAUAGACGCCAGAUCAAUAGUACCACAGGCCAUCUAGUGAUAACAACAAACGAGGAAAUAAAAAAAUUCAAGCCUACACCAAUGGUUCAAAUUCUAAUCUAAACAACAACAAUAACCAAUCAAAGUCAUAGAUAACUCUGAUGUCUAUUAGUGAGCUAAGUCAGUUAGAUUAGGAUGUUAAGAAGAAUUUAUUUGAUUCUAGAAAUUAAAACAGCUCUUAAUACUUCGAUCAAACUGACUAGGAAUAGUAUUAGAUGCAAAAUGAAAUGAUUGGUAAAAACUAGCAAGAGCUAUAAAUGAUUUAGAAUUUAAAGGAUUUGUAAAUGAGGAAGAAGAGAUAAAAUUAAGCACAGCAUGAUAAUUCUAAUAAUCUAAUUGUUUCUGAUUCUUAAACAAUCCAAGAUUAAUAUAGAGAUGAGGGUAGUUUCUAUGCUAAAAAGAGAGCUCAUGAUCUUGAAAUCAUAGAGGAGCAAGUCACCUUAUCAAGCAAAGAGAAUUCAUUCAGAUUGACAAAAUAAUUAAAAAGCACUCCACCUAAGAAAAACACUAUGCAAAACUUUAACAACUAAAGCAAGCAGAAAAUUCUAACAAGCGCAAAGCUUCGUAGUUCUUAGAAGGAGUAGCAAGAUCUCAGUAACUUUUCAACUUAGAGUAAUGCACCAAAGAGUGUAAGUUAGACUGUAAGCAAUUUUAUGAUGAGAAGAAGCAACAGUCAAAGUCAAUUUAAAUCAGGAAAGAAAAAAAGUUAGACAUAAAAUUAGCAGGCUGCAAAAAAUAUAGGAGGGUUAAUUAACUACAACAACUCAUCAUUGAAGAAUAGUUUGAUGAUCGAUGCAAAUAACUCACUCUAUAAACUGGACCAAUCCUAUAUAAAUAAUUCUUCUAUCCUAGGGUAGAGCUACUUACCAGACUCUGCAAACACCUCAACUUACUUAAAGCAGAGUGCCAGCUAGCCUAGAUUCAACAUUUAAAGCUCAAAUAUCUUGAAUAUGAGCCAAGAUAAUUAAUCAUAGUAAUAGGUCUCUCCUUUUUUACUUAAUGAUUAGAUUCAACUAAAUGAUCAGAGACUCAUUCAAAUUGCAAUGAGUUAAAAAGGUAAAAGACCUUUUUCAUCCAAGAAAAAGGGUUAAUAAAUAUCAAAUCCAAACAAGCCCCCCAUGAAUAAGCAGAAUAUCGAAGUGAGCCCCUAUAAUUCCUAAUAUCAUGUUAAAAUACUUCAUGAUUACUUUGACAUUGAUUGCUAGCAAGUAGGUUUGAGCAAAGAGGGUAUGCCCAUGAUGAAAAUUAGAAAGAUUAAUAGACAAACAUCUUAGAGCAAGCUUUCUCAGAAUGAUAGCAUGAAUACGUAAGCCUAACUACUCACUCAUAAUAGUUCUCAAACUAGUCUUAAAAAGAGCAUGUCUCGGGAGCUUAGUUAAUCAAAUCUAAGCAAUCAAAAUCAAUAUUAGAUGCUUAACAGCAUGGGUAGUUUGAAUCAAAAUAACUAUGAUCAUUUUUCUAGCUAGUAGCAUUUGCCACACUAGUAGAUGCAAUAAUAGCAGCAGCAGUUUGUUUCUGAUAAUCAAAUUUUUGGCUCUAUUCAAACUUAGAAAUAAAUACCCAAUCAAGGUAAAGUCCAGAAGCAGCAAAAGUAAAGCAAUUAAAGCUUUUAGAGAUUUAAAAAUGAAAUUGAAAAGAGAUAUCUGUCUAAGAAGGUAAACUAUCAAACUGCUAAGAAUAUUAUCAACACGAAUCAUAAUUCAUACGUCUGCUUUGGAGUGAAUAUAAUAUAAAAAAGUGACUAGGAUUGA